UUGCAGCAUUUUUGGUGUCCCUCUUUGUUGAGUGCUGCUUCUCUUCACCUCAGGGUUACUUACAUUCUCUUUAGGGAUUCAGAGGAAACUACACACCUAAAUCAAAGUGCUGAAGUAACAUUGAUGGGCUUACAUCUUUCAUUGCUCAACUGCUCAUGGGUUGAACUCAUGAGAAGCAAGAUUUUUGCUUUGACAGAAACUGAGGAUGUCAAGACAAUCACAAGAUCAGCUAGCUGCAAACAAAAUGAAUUACAUGGCAACACUGAGUUGAGUGCUUCUUUGAGAGAAUCAUUGAGCUUCAAAAAUUGGCAUCACGAGCAGGUAAAGCUGGAAACUAAUUUAUCAUCCAAGAAUCAGUACCUGGAAGAUGACAAAAAACAACCUAAUUUGGCACAGCACACCAAACAUGAUACAGUUCUUGUGUUGAACCCAGCAAUCUGUCCUUUGUUGUCCCCAUGCCCUACGAAAGACCUCAAUGCAGCAGCUGUUAAGCUUCAAAAAGUGUACAAGAGUUAUCGAACUCGAAGAAAUUUGGCAGAUUGUGCAGUUGUUGCCGAGGAAUUAUGGUGGAAGGCAUUGGAUUUUGCCUCUCUCAAACACAGCUCAGUAUCAUUUUUCAUUGGUGGAAAGCCAGAAACAGCAGCUUCACGUUGGGCUAGGGCACUAACAAGAGCGGCUAAGGUUGGCAAGGGUUUGUCCAAGAAUAACAAUGCACAGAAGCUGGCACUCCGACACUGGCUUGAAGCUAUUGAUCCCCGUCAUCGUUAUGGGCACAAUCUGCAUAUGUAUUACGACAUAUGGACUAAAAGUGAGAGCAAACAACCAUUUUUCUACUGGUUGGAUAUUGGUGAUGGCAAAGAAGUUAACAUUGCAAAGUGUCCUAGAAACAAGCUUCAGCAGGAAUGUGUUAAAUAUCUUGGACCGAAAGAGAGGCUGGCUUAUGAAGUCAUUGUGGAGGAUGGAAAGCUAGUCUACAAGAAAAAUAGAACAUUGGUGGAUACUACUGAAGGUUCUAAAUGGAUAUUUGUUCUCAGUACAAUCAGGGCAUUGUACGUGGGCCAGAAAAAGAAGGGCUCAUUUCAACACUCGAGUUUUCUUGCUGGUGGAGCUACGAUAGCUGCAGGAAGAUUGAUUGUGAAGGAGGGAACUCUGAAGGCUGUUUGGCCACACAGUGGACAUUACCUCCCAACCGAAGAAAAUUUCCGGGAAUUUAUCAGCUUCCUUGAAGAGAACAAUGUUGACCUCACUGAUGUCAAGAGAAAUCCAGUUGGCUAUGAUGAUGACUACCCUUCAUUCAAGAUGACCACGAGUGACUCAAUGACAGAUAGCGAUAAAGGUGUAGAGGUAGAAGGUGAAUCUACAACACAUCAUGCAGGAGAUUUGAGUGACUGUGAGGCAGAGGAGAGGCCUGCAUACUCUCUCGGAGCUGAGUGCCAUGAAGGCAAUGAGAUUGAGACCACUGUUGAAUCGGUGAACCAUCAUCUUCGCAAAUGGACAACCGGGGUUGGGCCUCGCAUUAGGUGUGUUCGGAACUACCCAACCGAUCUCCAGUUUAAGGCGCUCGAGCAAGUUAACCUGUCACCGAGGUCUAUUCCUUCCCCUGUCGGAAACAAUGGACCGAUCCCGUCACCUCGCCCCAACUCUAGAAUCAUGCUAUCCCCCUCACUUGCUGGCAUCCACCUGCCUUCUCCGGCGAUCUCUCUUACUCUUUCGAAACACAGACGUUGCUGAUUUAUCGGUCUUGCCGAUGCUAAUUAUUUGCAGAUUGCAGCAUGGAAUGAUGCAGCUGUUUUCAAGCCACUUUUGGCACCUAGUAGUUCAGAUUCUCAAGGUUGGUGCUUGAAGAUGAAUGAAGGAACGAUGCAUUGGCCAACUAAUUGUUUUCUUUUGUUUAUCUUCUUGUAUAUUUGUUAACUGAUAUAAUUCAUAUCUCACUUCUUUUUUUCCCCUCUUUUUUGGUUCCUCUCAAAAUGAGAUCAACCUUUUUGUAAGCACAUUCUUUUUUUCUUUCCCCUCAUAGCUAAGGAGAUGGAAUUAAUGUAUAGAAUUCUUCUCAAAGAGAAAGUAAAGCUCAUCUUUCA